GCCAUCAACAGAAAUGUCUUGCUAGUCAUCAAAAACUCAGCUGACAACAGCCUGGCCAAAGGAGGAGAUAGGAUCCAUGUCGAUCCACUGAGGGUCCAAUCUAAAGACUGUAUGCCAAGUGGAAGGAGGCAGGACGAGGACUAGUGAGGGUGAAACAACUAAUAUGCUGUAGUACAUCAGAAAAACAUUUGACAAUAAAUAACUGCUGCUGCUUUAAUAUAUUCUGCACGUUUGAACACAGGAGCAGAGUUACAAGACAGAAGUGUUGCAUUUCACCCUCUCACGGAGGGCCAUUUAUAAAACGUCCUUAUUUUUUGAGCUAAGCAUGUAAAAGCUAGCCUAGGCUCUGUGUAGUAAGUAAUUUUGCUCUUUGUGACCAGAAACACCGAAGCUGAUCUAUGCCUAGUUAUCAUUCGCAUGUUCAAUUUCAUUUCUAUGCAUAAAAGACAAUUGUAUUAAAGGGGUCCUGUGGCCCUGGGGUCCGUGUCCUUCUAAUUCCAGCCCUGCUAAUGUACUAAACUGAUCAAAUCUGAUAUUCGGUACUAUAAUCUAGAGGAGUAACUUCAGGAAGAAUAACUGCUUUAUAAAUCAUACACGGUGUUUUAAAGUAUAUCUUCUGUCUGUAGGAAAUAAUAUCCUGAUGUUUCAUUCCAGGUGAUCAGGAUAUCUUCAGUAUGGUUUGGGGGUAUUUACACAUAACUUGCAGCUAUUCUUGCUGCAAUCAAUAUUUAAACUGCGGGAUAUACAUCCGUUUAAUGCCCAUCCACCGCAGGAGUUAUGCCCCUCGCCUUGCCGCCUCCCUGUGCUCUCUGAGCGGACUCGGCGUCAGAUUCUCUCGGUUAACUUUAAUAUUCGCGCAGCUGCUUUCCUCCGCCUCUCCAUGUCAUUUCCUGUGAUAAAAAUGGUGGCCACCGCUAAGGCAGGCGACUGAGUCGGUGCAAACAAUUUAACGCAAACUUUGCAGCCGCAGCGCCAGCGGCCGGAGGAGAAAGAGGAGGAGGGGGAGCAGAAAGGAGCUUCAGCCCGAAGAGAGAGUCAGUGUCCCCGCAGCGUGUCUGCUCCAGUGGGUCGCGGGGAAGCUGGGAAGCCUUUAUGGAUCUCUCUCCAGCAGUCUAUAGGCGAGUCCAUCACAGGGCAUCACACAAACAACCAAACACACACUCAUUCUCACACCUAAGGGCAAUUUAGAGUGACCAAUUUACCUAACAGGCAUGUCGCUGGAGAAAGAAAUGCUUUGUAAGUCCGACCAGCAGGAGUCACAGUUUUGUCCAAUUUAAAGUUUGUCCUCUAAUUUUAUUGCAACGUUUUCUGCAUUCAUGCAUUGUCAUUUUGCCUUUAUGGACCAGCUGUAUUAAUUUGUGUUUCCAGGGAGUAAAUCAGUCUAUCUAAAGUAAAUCUAAAGCAUCCAUUCAUGAAGUUAGAGGUUUUACUGGGAUUUUUGAAGGUUUUCCUUCAGCUCUUAGCACCAGUAACAGUUUGUGUUUUUGUUUUUGUCUCAGAGGUCUGAGACCUGGACGAUGAGCUGGAUUUUUACCAAAAUGGUUCCAUCAUGAGUGAGCACCCAUCAGACCUUUGGUUCUGUGAGGACUGUCAGAAAUAUUUCCAGGAGGAGUGUCCAUCCCACGGGCCACCGCUGUUUAUUCCUGACACACCAGUGGCCCCUGGAUCAGCCAAAAGGGGGGCUCUUACGGUCCCAUCAGGCCUGGAGGUCUUCACAGAGGGAGGUGAAGUAGAUGUUCGCUGCGUGGAUGCAAUCUUCCCGAAGGGGGCGGUAUUUGGUCCGUAUCAGGGUGAGCUGGUGUAUAAGAAGGAAUCGGCCAGCUCUUUCUCCUGGAUUAUUGUUGAUUUAAAUACUUCGUCUCAGUCCAUUGAUGGCAGCGAUGAGACCAAAGCCAACUGGAUGAGGUUUGUUCGUACCUCAUCAGAGGACAGCGACAGGAACCUGACGGCUUUCCAGCACUGCAGAAACAUCUACUUCAGAGUGUGCAGGAGGCUGGAGGCCGGAGAGAGGCUGAGGGUUUGGUACAGCGACGACUACAUCCAAAAACUUCAGCGUGUGUCUCAAGACAGCAUCAAUCACAACUUGGACACAGAUCACGAGAAGUCAGCAGUCCUGCAAAAUAUCCAGAAGGAUUUUAAAUCUCAUGGCCUGCCCUCAGCUCCACAGGGUACACUGUGUCCCACUAAACAGGCCUGUGAAGAAUCAGACAGCCAGCCUCCUGCCAAAAAGAAGAAGAUUGACCUAAUCUUCAAAGACGUUCUGGAAGCUUCUCUGGAGGAAUCCAGCAAGUCCAAGUCUGGGCCCUGCCUUCGUGGUGAGGGUGAUAAACCAGGCCUCCAGUUGGGUUCGGACCCAUCUGAGAGCUGCCAUAGCAUUCCUAACAUAAAGGUGGAGGAGAUUGAGGGGAACCUGACCAGCAGAGAGCCCUCCACCUCCUUCUGCCCCAACUGCUUCAAACUGAAGAGGAGGAUUCUGGAGCUGGAGGAGGAGCUAUCCCGUCUCAGAAGACAGCAGGGGAACUCGGCUGGUCUGUCAAGUUCACUCCAACCACCACAAACUGAACAAGGUCCCAUCGAGGAUAUUCAAGGGAUGGAAACCUUAACACCCACUCAGAUGGUCCUGGAUGAAGAUGACCAGGAAGUGGACUCAGCUGAUGAGUCAGUUUCAGCAGACCUUGUGAUUUCUCCAGAGGACUUAUCAAAGCCUUAUUCCGGAGCAAGCAGACGAAUCCGCCGCUUCAAGCAGGAGUGGCUGAAGAAGUUCUGGUUUCUUCGGUACUCAUCGACCCUUAAUGAAAUGUGGUGCCACGUCUGCCGUCAGUACACCGUCCAGUCGUCUCGAACCUCAGCCUUCAUCGUCGGCUCCAAGCAGUUCAAGAUCCACACCAUCAAGCUGCACAGCCAGAGCAACCUCCAUAAGAAGUGUCUGCAGCUCUACAAGCUGCGGAUGCAUCCUGAGAAGACAGAAGAGAUGUGCAAGAACUUGACACUGCUGUUCAACGCAGCAUACCACCUAGCCCUGGAGGGACGAGCCUUCUCAGACCUCCGUGCUCUUGCUGAACUGCUGAAGAAGUGUGAGCUCAAAGUGGUGGAUCAGUACAUGAAUGAGGGUGACUGCCAGAUUCUGGUCCAUCACAUCGCUCGAGCCCUGAAGGAGGAAUUGGCUGAGAAGAUGCGUCUGUCUCCUUAUCUUAGCGUCAUUAUGGACGCUCAAAAUGACGACCUUUUCUCAGAUUUAGUGGCAGUUUAUGUCCAGUUCACAACCAGUGACAGUUCCCCACAAAUGGAGUUCUUGUCGUUACAAAGACUGAGUGUGCCUAGUGUGGACGGAUACCUCCAGGUUCUGGAUCGGGCCUUCAGUGUCCUGGGACUCCGGUUUCAGGACUUGCUGGUUGUGGGGCUUGGAGUGGACGGCACCAACAUCUCUUCAGCGAUUAGAGCAAGCCUGUACAUAGCUGUCCAAAAGACUUUUCCUUGGGUCCUCUGCCUUCCCAUCAUGAUCCAUCGACCUCAACUGGAGGUUCUAGAUGCCAUCAGUGGGAAGGAGCUCUCCUGCCUUGAGGAUCUGGAAAAUAACCUGAAGCAGCUCUUCAGUUUCUACCGCUACUCUCCACGUAUGAUGGGGGAGCUACGAUCCACUGCUCCGACCCUGUCCGAGGAAACAGAGUUCCUGGGUGAUAUCAGAGCCAUACGAUGGAUCAUCGGAGAGCCAAACGUCCUGAAUGCUCUUAUCAAGGAUUACCUGGAGGUUUUGGCACACCUGAAGGAGAUCAGCAGCCAAACUCAGAGGGCUGACGCUGCAGCCAUUGCUCUCACACUCCUCCAGUUCCUUAUGGACUAUCAAUCUGUGAAACUCAUCUACUUCCUGCUAGACAUCAUAGCUGUUCUCUCACGACUGGCCCUCACCUUCCAGGGGGAGCACCUGUUGGUGUCCCAGGUUGAAGCCAAGAUAGCGGAGGCGAUUCAGGAGAUCGGCCAGCUGGUGGACUGUCCUGGUGAAUAUCUGCAGGAGUUUGAGGACAACUUCAGGGAAAGCUUCAAUGGUGUUGCUCUAAAAAACCUUCGUGUUGCAGAGUCCAAGUUUCAGUCGAUCAGAAAAAAGAUCUGCAGCAGAAGUCAGGGGAUCCUGUCUCAGAGGCUGGACCUGCAAAGCAGCUCCUUUACCAAAGCCUGCAAAGUGCUGGACCUCAGCAGCUGGCCCAGGAACCAUGAAGACCUGCAGACCUUUGGUGAGGAGGAAAUCCAGGUCAUAUUUAGCCACCUGGACUCCAUUCCCUCUGCAGGUCAGGACGACAGGAUGGAGGCCAGGAGCAGCCUCCUAGUGGAAUGGAAGGACCUGAAGGCAGACUACUUCAGCAUGAACGGUUUUAAAGAUGUUCUCCUUUACAUCUGCAGGUACAAGGAGCGUUUCCCACUUUUGAACCAGAUUGUGCAGAUUGUCAGGGUCCUGCCUAGCUCAACGGCCUACUGUGACAAAGGUCGAGGUGCUCUGCAGAGGAUUUGUAAGAACAACCGAUCCCGGCUGAACCUGGAGCAGAUGAACGACCUACUCACUGUUGCCGUUAAUGGACCACCCGUUGCAAACUUUGACGCAAAGCGAGCAUUGGACAGCUGGUUUGAGGAGAAGUCCGGGAGUAGCUACUCGCUCUCUGCCGAGGUGUUGAAGAAGAUGUCGGCCGCUGAUUCGAAGUCGGUCCUGUACAGCUCUGAAGUCAACGCAGAAUUCCUCCAUGAUGUCUGAACCCGAUGAUCUGCAGGAAAUAGGAAAACAACCCAUGCAGUCUGACUGCCAGGCAGAUUAUUCUGGAAAAAGAGGAUAAAGCUGAGAAAAAAGGUUUUUCUCAGCCUUGUCUUCUGGUUGUAUAAACACUGGAAAUCAAGGACACUAAGAGAAUUUAUUACAGACAAAAGCUGGUAAUGUUCUAAUUAAUGCCUCAUUCCCAAGAGAGUAUUUCCCGAAGUAAAGAUGGGGGCUUUAAGUCACUUCAUGUCUUUUUGAAAUCAGGUUUAGGUCUUAAUAUUCUUAUAGUUAUUACCAUGAGCUGUCAUUUUCUUCAAACAAUCCUUCAUUUGAUCCUUUGGCUCAAUCCAGUUUUCCUGAUUAUCUUUAAAAAGCUCACCUACGCCCCCUAGUGGGCAGGGUCAGAAAAUACAGUGCCACGAAAAAGUACCAAAUAAUAUUUUCUGUUUUUGCAUCGUGUCACUCUUAAAAGUUUCAGAUCAUCAAACUCAUUUUAUUAUCAGACAGAGUCUGUGUUAUGACAAAAUGCAUUUUUUAAAUGACGAUUUCAUUUAUUGAAGAUAAAAAUUCUUCCUAUUCAAAACAACCUGGUUGUGUAUGGAAGAAAAAAGCAUUUGUCUCCUAAAAAGAAUAGUUGGUUGGCUAUGAAGCGCUGGCAAUGACUUUUUUACAUCACCGUGGAAGACUAUUUGACCUACUCCUCUUUGCAGAAUUGAUUUAUUUGAGCUACAUGGGAGGUUUUUGAAGCAUGCACCAGUUUAAGUUCAUGCCACAGCAUCUCAAUUGGAUUUAAGUCCAGAGUUUGAUUGGGACACUUCAAAAUCGUCAUUUUGUUAUUUUUCAAUCAUGCAGGUAUGUGGUUUGGAUCACUGUUCUGCUGCAUUACCCAAGUGGGCUUGAGUUUAAGAUUACGAACUGAUGGCUGGAUAUUUUCCUUCAUGAUUUUCGGGUUAGAUAGCAGAAUUUAUGGUUUUAUUUAUUACGAAAAGUCCUUCACCUCCUGAAGCAGCAAAGUACCCCCAGAUCAUAACCCUGCCACCACCAUGUUUGACUGUAGGUAUGAUGUCCUUCUUCUGAAAUGCUGUACUCAUUUUAAAUAUACUAUGACGCACCUUCCUAAAAAGCUCCAUUUUUGACUCGUCAGUUCACAGAAUGUUUUCCCAAAAGUCUGGUUGGAUGAUGAAGAUGUUUUUGGCAAAUGUGAUUUUGGCCUUUGUGUUCUUUUGGGUCAGCAGUGGUUCUGGCCUUGGAACUCUCCUUUUGAUGCAAUUUUUGCCCAGUCUCUCUUUCUUAUUGUUAAAUCGUGAGCACUGACUUUACCUGAGGCCUACAGAGCUGUAGGGGUUGUUCUCGUUUGUUUUGUGACCUCUUAGAUGAGUUGUUGAUGUGUUCUUGAUUAAUUUUUGGUAGGCUGGCCAAUCCUGGGAAUGUUCUCUACUGUCCCGGUUAUUGUCCAUGUGUUGACAAUGACUCUCUCUGUGGUUCUUUAUAGACUAAGAAAAGGCUUUGUAACCCUUUCCAGGCUGAUUGAUUUCAAUAACUUUGCAACUCAUUUUUUCUAGAAUUUCUUUAGCUCUUUAGACCCAAUGUGUUGCCUUUUAGGAUCUUUUGGUCUACUCGGCGUUGUCGGACAGAACAUGUUAUGUGAUUUCUUCAUUCUACAUGUUUGACAGUAAGCAGAGCAGGAUGUAGCAUGUGAAACCGAACCCCAAAAUGUGGUUAAUCAAAGUUAAUUUAUUAUUUUUAAAGGCGGAGGAAUUAAUUAGUUACUUAAUUUUUCCCCCUUUGUAAAUUCACAUUUAAGAACUGCUUUUGUUUUGUCAUUACUCAGGUUAUUGUUGUCUGGUAUAAAAAAGGCUAUAAAAAAGAUGACUUGUCUCAUAAA